AUGGCAGAUGUCCCUGAAAUCCAUAAACAAAAAUUCUUCAUUUCAGAUGCCGCCGACUGUAACCCAUGCCCAGAAGACCGAUAUCCCAACAAGGACAAGAACCAGUGCAUUUCCAAGAAACUCCAUUUUCUUGCCUAUCAAGAGACCCUGGGAUACACUUUACUUUCUCUAGCUCUUUCUCUCUCUGUGAUCACAUCAGUAGUCCUGGCGAUUUUCCUUAAACAUCGUGUCACACCAAUAGUCAAAGCCAACAACCAAAAUCUCACCUACCUCCUCCUGGUCUCUCUCCUGCUCUGCUUCCUCUGCUCCUUCCUCUUCAUUGGUCAACCUGGGAAAUUCACGUGUGUCCUCCGACAAACUGCCUUUGCUAUUCUCUUUUCCCUUGUGGUUUCCUCUGUGUUGGCAAAAACUGUCAUGGUGGUCCUUGCCUUCAGGGCCACCAAACCAGGGAACAAAGCAAGGAAAUUCUUAGGGAAACCACUGACCAACUCCAUUGUUAUAGCCUGUCCUCUGGUCCAAGUCCUUCUUUGUGCCUCCUGGCUGGUAACAUCUCCUCCAUUUCCCAACUUGGACUUCCACUCCGUGUUUGGAGAGAUCAUCUUGGAAUGUAAUGAAGGCUCAGCUUCAAUGUUUUACACUGUCCUUGCCUAUCUUGGAUUUUUGGCCCUUGUCAGUUUUACUGUGGCUUUUCUGGCAAGGAAAUUGCCUGAUAGUUUUAAUGAAGCCAAGUUCAUUACUUUUAGCAUGCUGGUCUUUUGCAGUGUUUGGGCCACCUUCCUCCCCACCUAUUUGAGUGACAAAGGGAAGUCCAUGGUGGCUGGUGAGAUCUUCUCCAUCUUGGCUUCUGGGGCUGGUCUCUUGGUUUGUAUCUUUUUUCCCAAAUGUUAUAUUAUUCUACUAAGACCUGAUAUGAAUCAGAGAGAAAAUAUAAUGAGGCGCAAGAAUCUCUGA